CUAUACUACUAUAUUAUUAUUAGACAACACGUAGGUAAACAUUUCAAUAAUAUGUUUACCAAUACUAUGAAACUGUGUUAUGCUGUUUUGUCACGUAUUUAAUUUUUUUUAUAUAGUAAAAUCUUAACUAUUGGAAGAGUUAAGAGUAAUAAGUAACGUUUAAAUGAAUCAUGUUACCAGAAAGCUCUUCAAUAUAUCAUGAAAAACAAUCAAAGGAAUUAUGUGCCUUACACGCUCUUAACAAUUUGUUUCAAUCAAAAGAAGCAUUCAAACAAAUUGAACUUGAUGCUAUAUGCUUCUCACUAUCACCAAACAAUUAUAUAAAUCCACAUAGAUCAAUUUUAGGUCUUGGAAACUAUGAUGUUAAUGUUUUGAUUGCUGCAUUACAAAAUAAAGGCUACAGUGCCUUUUGGUUUGAUAAAAGAAAGGACCCAAAAAUGUUAAGAUUGGAUCAAAUAUUUGGUUUUGUGAUGAACAUACCAAGUGAAUGUCGUUUAGGUUUUGUAUGGCUACCAUUAAAACGAAGACAUUGGAUUUCUAUCAAAAAUAUUAAUGGAAUUUAUUAUAAUCUAGAUUCCAAAUUACCUAGUCCAUCUCAAAUAGGAAAUGAAGAAGAUCUUCUUAAUUACUUUAGAUACCAACUACAUAUAAAUGAUAAUCAGUUAUUUGUUGUUGUAACUGGUGAUAAUAAUAACUGGAUUGCAUCAGAAGAUAUAUCUUGAUAAUUGCCAAAAUAUAUAUCCUGAUUAAUGAUUUCACCUAGAGAUUUAAAAAAAGUUAAAUGUAAAAUGUAUUUUAAAAAUAUUUAAACAUACAAAAUGUAUGUUAUACAUCAUCAAAUCAAUAAUCAAUCACUAUUAUUGAUAAAUGAUGUACAAACAACAUAGGUAUUAAAAUGUGAUU